UUUAAAGUUAUAGUUUUUAAGCAAUGUUUUUAGUUUAUUUAAAAAUUAACCAUGGCAGAUAAUGAUGUUGUGGCUGUUUGGACAGUUUCUCUGCCACACGGAAGGCAUCAAGUGAAAUUUGAACAUGGGACUACAACUGGUAAACGUGUUGUCUAUGUUGAUGGAAAAGAAAUAUUGCGAAAAAAUUGGAUGUUCAAGCUGGUUGGUCGGCUAGAAUUUCAAAUUGGGCCAUCAAAAGCAGUGAUCACAAUUGAUGCUGCUAGUGGAUUUGCAUAUGAGUACACUUUGUUGAUUAAUGGAAAACCUCUGGAAAAAUUCACUGAAAAUCGAAAAAAGACUGCAAAGGUUUGGACUUUCAAUUUGGAUGGUGUUGAUACAAGAGUUGUGCUAGAAAAAGACACAAUGGAUGUCUGGGUGAAUGGACAUGUUUUGGAAACUGCGGGUGAAUUUGUGGAUGAUGGCACCGAAACCCAUUUCGAAAUUGGAAGUCAUCCAUGUUAUAUAAAAGCAGUCAGUUCUGGAAAGCAAAAGCAAGGUAUUAUACACUCUCUUAUUGUAAAUGGUAAUUUGAUGCCAGAAGCUCCAGAAUGAACAUAAAUUUUUUAUACACAUGUCUAUGUUAAUAUAUUCUCUAGGUAGCCAUUUUUUAAAUUUUGUUUGUAACAUUGUUGUAAAUAUAAGUCAUGGAUGUAUAGGUAUUUUUUCAUUUUACAAGAGGCUUGUGUAUUUAUAUUUGUGUUAGCAUUUAGAUUACCGAUACAUUAUUAAGUCUGUAAAAGGUUACGAUCAGGUUAAAAUAACUACUAGUCAUCCUUUUUAGUUAACAAAAACAUUUCAUGGAAUGUUAUCACCCUAACAAACCUAUCUAGUAAACUUGCAUCUUAUAUUUGCUGCAUAAAUAUAAUAUGUCUGACAUUAGAUGUUUUUUUUAUUGUAACCCCCAGGUCACUUUCCAGUUUAACUUAAUUUGUAUCUGUCUUAAGUGGAAGACAUGUCAAGGGUAUAGCAAAGUUUACAUGACUUCAGUCUUGUUUGAUACACCCAUACUAUGUGCUUUCAGGUAUGUGGCAUUUGUUAAACUGUCAUAAUGUUUAACAUUUUUCUUAUACUAUCAAAGGUACAACAAAAUUACUUCCCUUCUUUGAAAUACAAGUCAUGUUUAACAGUUUUAGAAAUCAGAGGCUAGUCUGUGAGUUUGACUCUUGCCAAGUCUUGUUAAUUGGUCAUAAUGGUAAUUUGUUAAGACUGUAGUGAAUUGAAUAAAAACAAAAGAGUAUGUAAUAUUGCUGCUAUCAAAGUAAAUUUUUAUCAUGUUUUUUUCUUUUAAUUUUGAUGGGUUAAGUAAUAAAUAAAAAAAUAAAAAUUGAUACCUUACUCUUUAUGAAAGUCUUUUUAUACUCUCUACUCUCCUAAAUGUACCACAAUUCCAUGAUGUCCAGGACAUGACUAAAAUUAAGGCUAAUUACUGACUCGGCAUUCCUCGCUAUCACCAAUGCAUCAUUGAUCCUGUUACUAGAAAAGGUAGUAACUCCAUGUUUGGAUCUUUUUAUGAGCAAAAUUAUCUUAAAAUUACAAUAUGCAAGGUAUAAGUGGUAAUACUGCAAGUCUUGUUGCUGUUAUUGUACCGAAAUGUAUUAGUUGUCAAAUACACCAAAGAAAGGUAACGACUUGGAAAGUAACCUCAGUUUGAUACCGUUUUUCCUAUGCCUUAUAUUUAUUAAUAAAGAGGAGCCAAAUAUUUUUCACGAUAACCACCACCUAUGACAAUCUUUAGAGUACAGCCUUCCCUAAUAAUUUCACAAAAACAGUGUUAAUUAUUUACCACGGUUUUUGUUAAUAUAAAUAUAUUAUCUGUGUAAGCUAUUUGAAAUUUAUGAUUAUGUAUAUGUUUAACAUUUAAUUUAUUAUUGGUUUAUUUUGUAUAUAAAUUUGUUUGUAACAUUGAAUUCUCAUGCAUUUGGACCAUGUAAAAGGGUAGGAUAAUCAAAUUUGAAUGAUUUUGUUUGCUUUUUUAUUAACAUUGACUGUCUAUCUUUUAACAUAGAAUUUUUUCAGUGUAUAUUGCCUAAUUUAGAAGAACAUUUCAAGCA